AUUAUUCAAAGCAGAAUAGCUGUUACGUAGAGAACAAACAAAACUUCACAAUGACAUUCAGAUACCACACUUAGUAACUAGAAAGAACGCCACAAAUCCUAUUCCAUUUGCAUUUGGAUUCCAAAGAAGUGGAAACCAGUGUAGAAACGAUCGGCGAUGAGCAGCAGCAGCGGAGGCUCGGCGGAGAAGGCGAGGGUGAGCCGGACAUCACUGAUACUGUGGCACACGCACCAGAACGACGCGGCGGCGGUGCGGAAGCUACUGGAGGAGGAUCCGUCGCUGGUGAAGGCCACUGAUUACGACAAACGCACGCCGCUCCACGUCGCUUCCCUCCACGGCUGGCUCGCCGUCGCCAAAUGCUUGGUUGAAUUUGGCGCUGACGUCAACGCCCAGGAUCGUUGGAAAAACACUCCUCUGGCAGAUGCAGAAGGAGCUAAAAGAACUGCAGUGAUUGAGCUUUUGAAAUCACAUGGUGGCUCCUCUUAUGGCCAAAGUGGAAGCCAUUCUGAUCAAAAUCCUAUUGCGCCCCCGGUGCCUAACAAGUGUGAUUGGGAAGUUGAUCCUUCCGAGCUGGACUUCUCGAAGUCAGUUGGUAUUGGAAAGGGAUCUUUUGGUGAGAUUAUAAUAGCCCAUUGGCGUGGAACACCUGUUGCUGUCAAACGCAUUCUUCCAUCUCUUUCAGAUGAUAGAUUGGUGAUUCAAGACUUCAGGCAUGAGGUUAAUUUACUUGUGAAGCUUCGUCACCCUAAUAUUGUUCAGUUUCUCGGAGCUGUUACUCACAGGAAGCCCCUUAUGUUAAUUACGGAGUAUCUAAGAGGAGGUGAUCUUUAUAAGCACCUCAAGGAUAAAGGUUCGCUAAGUCCUUCAACAGCCAUAAACUUUGGCUUGGACAUUGCCAGAGGGAUGGCCUAUCUUCACAAUGAACCGAAUGUUGUAAUUCAUCGAGACCUAAAACCUAGGAAUGUUCUUUUAGUCAAUUCUAGUGCUGACCAUUUGAAAGUUGGGGAUUUUGGACUAAGUAAGCUUAUUAAGGUCGAAAGUUCACAUGAUAUAUACAAGAUGACGGGUGAAACUGGAAGCUACCGGUAUAUGGCUCCUGAAGUCUUCAAACACCGGAGAUAUGAUAAGAAAGUUGAUGUCUUCUCCUUUGCAAUGAUUCUCUAUGAGAUGCUUGAAGGUGAACCACCUUUUGCAAAUUAUGAACCUUAUGAGGGAGCCAAAUGUGUAGCAGAAGGACACAGGCCUAAUUUUAGGGCAAAGGGUUAUAUCCCUGAACUACGAGAGUUAACAGAGCAAUGUUGGGAUGCUGACAUGAAUCAAAGACCUUCCUUCAUAGAUAUCCUUAAACGGCUUGAAAAGAUCAAAGAAAAUUUACCUUCAGAUCAUCACUGGAGCUUGUUCAAUUCAUAAAUUCCUGGAGCAUUAGAAUAUCCAGAAAUACCAGAUAAGUUUAAAAAAAUAUCUCCCCUCUCCUCCAUUCCCCUCAAAUCAUCCAUUAUGUAAAAUUUAUUUUCCAUGGAAACUCUUUUGCCAUUAAUAAAAGGGAAUGAUCCUAGAGAAUUUAAAAUCCCC